GUUGUCCUGCCAGCAGAGGAAAAGUGAGUGGGAAUACUGUUAGGAAUCGGGAAAAGCGGACUGUUUAAGGGAAGGUAAGCGAAAUAGCGAAUACAAGAGAGAUUGUGAGCUGCUCGCCGGGUUUAUGUGGAGAAAGCAGCUGGAAGCGCGUUUAAGAAAAGCACAGAUUGAUUCUGUGCUGUUAAUAAAUCAGUCAUUACAUCAGCUGAGGGUCAAACUCUCAUCCCCGCAGCAGAAGAGCGAUAAAGCGCGUGCAAUCACUCACACUUCCGUGUUUCUGCAUCUGACGAAUCAAAGCUCAUCCGGGACUCUCGGCUGCUCGUGCUGCUUCUUCUGAACAUGCUGCUGCAACACAGUCUGAGGUUGUUCUCAGCUGUGCUGGUUCUGCUCUGGUCCGGUUCUCCUGUGAGCAGAGCUGGAUCAGAGCAGGACUCCAGACCGAACUUCGUCCUGAUGAUGCUGGAUGAUCUGGGCAUCGGAGACAUCGGCUGCUAUGGAAACCACACCAUCAGGACUCCAAACAUCGAUCGUCUGGCGGCGGAGGGAGUGAAGCUGACUCAGCAUCUGUCUGCGGCUCCGCUCUGCACUCCCAGCAGAACCGCCUUCAUGACGGGACGCUACGCCCUGCGCGCCGGUCUGGGCAGCACAGGACGAGUUCAGGUGAUUCUGUUUCUCGCUGGAUCUGGAGGUCUUCCACCCAAUGAAACCACCUUCGCUAAACUCCUGCAGAAGCAGGGUUACACCACUGGCAUUGUGGGAAAGUGGCAUCUAGGUGUGAACUGUGAGAGCAGGAACGAUCACUGCCAUCAUCCCAACCAUCACGGCUUCGACUUCUUCUACGGCCUUCCCUUCACCCUCUUCAGCGACUGCAAGCCUGGAGCAGGGAAAGGUGUGCUGGUGGACGUGCAGGAGACGCUGUGGCUCAUGUUUAUGCUGCUAGCGCUGGCCUUCCUCACGCUGCUCGUGGUCCGAGUCGCCGCUCUGCUGCGGAUCCCAGGGAUGCUCCUGCUGUUUCUGGCCGCUCUGUCUCUGCUGAGCUUCACCGUGUGGUUCGUGCCCUUCGAGCUCCUGCGGACCUGGAACUGCAUCAUCAUGAGGAACGGAGAGGUGCUGGAGCAGCCCAUGAAGCUGGAGACACUGAACGCCAGGCUGAUGAGCGAAGCCCAGGGAUUCGUGGAGAGACACAGAGACAAGCCUUUCCUGCUCUUCCUGUCGUUGGCACAUGUGCACACGCCCCUCUUUGUGUCUGAGGGCUUUGCUGGAAAGAGCAAACAUGGGCUGUAUGGGGACAAUGUAGAAGAAGCGGACUGGAUGAUUGGCAGAAUGAUGGACACCAUUGAAAGACUCAAUCUGUCGGAGAAAACCUUGAUGUACUUCACUUCUGACCACGGCGGCCACAUCGAAGAGGGUCCUAGAGGAGGCUGGAACGGAAUAUAUCGCGGUGGUAAGGCCAUGGGCGGCUGGGAGGGAGGGAUACGAGUGCCGGGAAUAUUUCGCUGGCCCGGGCGUCUCAUCCCGGGACGAGAAGUGUCAGAACCAACCAGUUUGAUGGAUAAAUCGGUCAUGGGAUGA